AUGCUCGCUAUCCACUUCCCAACCUCACCCAUCGUUGAGUCGCACUCACCUUCACCCUUCUCAUUCCCCUCAUCACCUGCCCACCACCACCAACAGCAGACAUUCUCAUCACUGUCAUUCGCUCCUCUGCCACUCCAGAAGAAGCCCGCUGCCCGACCAAAGCUCUCGCUCAAGAUCACUGCGGCAGACACCCGAACAUUCGGUUCAAAGUCGUCAUCUGCUCUCAAAGCACCCCUCACAGCCGGCCCCUUGAGCCCCAACGCCCUCGCCACCAUGCGAAACACCCAGAUGAAUGCCCGCCGUCCCACCGGCGAGGUUCCCCAGCUUUCAAUGCCAGCUGUCCAGUCAUUCUCAUCCUCUUCAUCCUCUUCUUCAGAUGAGUGUAGCACUCCAGUGGAUAAUGAUGACAUGCACUCAGAGAUGAAGGAAAAGAGCCGAAAGCGCCGCUUCCAGCGUGCAUCUCACUCAUCUCGUGAACUCUUGGUCAGGACUUCUCACCCAGUUGCUCCUUCAGCCAUCCCGUAUAACAUCGAGUUGCCAGCGCCUCAGCCGUCAAAGCGUGCCACCAACCCCUCGGCUCGCCGUGUGCACUUUGCGGAGGCCCACAUUGUCAUCCCUGCCGUUUCAGUGCUUGUCACCGAGACAUACGAUAGCGCGGAUGAGAGCUCCAGCGAUGAUUCAUCGGACUCCGAGGCCGAGGAGGCACCAGUAAGAACUGUGAUGGAGCAGAUGGCCGAGAUCAACAAGCUAAAGAGCAAGGUUGAGGCGAUGGAUAUGAUGAUGCAGACACCCAAUGGCGCUGGCGAGAAGGAGGAGAAGGUUGGCGGCGAGUGCAGCAGCUGGAUGUUCAGGCUUGGAAAGAUUGAGUACGACGAGAUCUCGAAGCAGGAGGCAUCGGAGCAGUGUUCGACGCCUGUCGGGUUCGGGUUCGGGUCCGGGAUCAAGUUUUGA